AUGGUUCCCCCGUCCUCUGCAAAAACUUUGCCGCCGCAAUACAUGGUGGACCUCUAUAGAACAUUGGCUGAUGGUACUUAUUCAGAACAAAAAAUAAGGCAUCAUGGAGCAAAUACAGCGAGAAGUUUCUUCAACAAAGGAUCAUCCGAGGCAGUGGAUAGGUUCCGAUUUGAGAUCUCGGAUGCAGUACCAAACCGUGAGGAGAUAGUAGAUGCAGAGUUCCAUUUUUUCAUCCAUUUUGAAGCACGAUGGAAGCAUAGCAAAGGCCAUUUUGUACAGAUCCAACUUUUUGAAGGAAACCAGGACAGAUUGUUGGAAUCGCGUCUUGUGAGUGCUUAUUCUUCAGGCUGGGAAGUCUUCCGAAUCAUUGACAGCGUCAGAAGAUGGAUUGCCCAGCCAGCAAGAAACCAAGGUCUGAAAGUACAGGUAUUGGAUUCAUCAGGCAAAAUUUGGAAACAACAAAGAGUUUAUCAGCUGCAAAGUUUCCAAAAGUCUAUUCUGAUUGUGUUCAGCAAAGAUGUGCAUGCCUCCACCAUACAUAGCUCAUCUCUCACGCUAAAUGGAGAAUUAAAUAAUUAUCACGAAGGCACUCCCAUCCAUGAAAACAGCAUUGAAUCUAUAGAAAAGACGUCACCUUCCAGGAGAGAACACAAUAUAACACGCAGGACAAGGUCAGCAGUUCAAAACAGUCAAUGUGCGAGACACGAGCUCAAAGUAGAUUUCGAAAAACUAGGUUGGUCAAUGUGGAUCAUUUCUCCAAAGUGGUACAAUGCCUACAUCUGCGCUGGUGCUUGUGCAUUUCCGCUCGGCCAGAAUCAAAGACCGACCAAUCACGCAACCAUACAGAGCAUUGUGCAUGAACUUGGAUUAGCAUCAGAAGUUGAGGCCCCUUGCUGUGUGCCCACUGAACUGCACCCAGUAAGUCUCCUGUACUUUGAUGAACACAUGAAUGUUGUUCUCAAACAAUAUGAAGACAUGAUUGCAGUCGGAUGUGGCUGCCAAUGAAAAUGAAGGACUUGGUUCUGUGUGCCCACUGAACUGCACUCAGUAAGACUCCUGUACUUAGAUGAACAAAUGAAUGUUGUUCUCAAACAAUAUGAUGACAUGAUUACAGUAGGAUGUGGCUGCCAAUGAAAAUGAAGGACUUGGUUUUAAAUUGUACUAAAAACCAAUAAGAAUAUGAACACUGGGUCAUCUUUUGCCCUGAUUUGUACAAGUAUUAGAUUGUAUAUAUAGGACAAUUACAGGCUAAAUGUGAGGAUUGUGUAAUGUGAAACUUUUAGGUGUCAAUACAUGCUAAUGAAUGGUUAGAAAGGCAAUGCCCAUCUUCAAAAUGUUUCAGUUAACCAUAGCUUCAGUUAAGAUCUUUAAUGUUUAACUUGGCAAUUCCCAGCUUUUGUUUGAGAAUCAAGGCAGAAAUCGGCAGUUGCCAUGUGGUCUAUUUCGCCAUCAAGCUAAACCUCCUUUAUCUCCUCAUUCUUUUUCUUCUUUACUUGUUUAAGUGAAAGAAAAAUUGUUCAAUGUAUCCUGGAAAUAUGGUAUUAUUUGGCAAGAGCUGAAUUUGAAACAUUAGAUUUUAAGGAAAUUGCAAAUAUGUCCUAUUUUUUCUUUAAAAGAUAAUAAGGUUCACCAAGUUUUUGCUAAUCACUAAGUUUUAACAAAUGUUUUCUAAUGCUCCAAUUCACUAAUGCCAAUAAAUUUUGCAAGUAUACUGCAUGCACUUUGAGUAAAAAAACUGGCUGUUAUUUCAUAAAAGUGGCUACAGGCAACUAAAAAACUUUUUGCAGUUUUGUCCUUUACAAGUUAUGCUAACUUGUCCGGAAAAAAAUAUCGUUUAAUACUUCUGAUCACGAUCAAUUUUGAUAUAUGCACGGUAAGUAGUUUUAAGAGUCAAAACAUUGUGAUGUAACACAUUUAUAAAUGAAAGAUUCACAU